GGCUUACUAGCCGGGACCAAGUGAGAGAGCUCCAGCUGCUCUAUUUCUCCUUAUCAUUGCAUCAUCAGCAACAGGUACUUCUAGAACUCAGUCAGAGAUUCAUAGCAAAGCAGCAUAGCUUGGGUGAGGUUAAAAGCCAUCUUAAAUGAAGUAAUGAGAGAGCCUUGCCAGGGUCACUUCCACAAAGGGAUGCUGGAGACAUUUUACUAAUGGAAUUUUGAUUCCUGAAUCUCUCUGAAUGGAACUGUGAACUUUCUGAUGAUAGGUCUACAUGAGGGCAGACAUCUUUAUGGUUUUCCCUAGGAAUCCUAAACAUCAUCAGAUGAAGAGGGACCUUAAAGAUCAGUGUUCAUCUUACACUUCUUUUUCCUUGGCCUCCCUGCACACCUUUUUGCUAUGAGGAUAUAGUCAUGCCCAAUGCUGUUCCCUUCAAAUUCUAAACAUCUCACUGAGUUUUAUGGUGAAGAAAUGUGUUUGUGUGUGUGUGUACUGUAGGAGUAUAAUUAUUUACUAUUUAUAAAAUGUAAACAUAACAGGCAUUAAAUAUUGAAGAAUAUUCUAUGCUAGGGGUUUCCAAACUGUUGCCUGUUAGACCACCAAUGGUCUGCAAGCUUUAUUCAGGUCAUCCGUGGAGACCAGCGUCUAUGAAUGGCGGGCUCAGCACAUAAGCUUCCCAUUGUACUUUUAUUGCUUAUUGUUUUUCUUAUGUUGAAUUUUACUUUUAUUACAGUAUUUUGUAUUGUAGUCUAUGAAAUUCAGACGGUAAUAUAAUAAAAUACAAUAUAGAAAAUAAAAAAGCAAUAAGAAUACAACACUAUACAAAUACAAUCUAGCAACAGCUCGUUACAGUUGCUACAACAGGCUAAAAAUCAUUAGGUGGCCCACCAAGACACUCAGCUAUUUGCUAGUGAUCUGUCUUGAUUGGGGGGGGGAGAGUUUGAGAAGAACCGUUCUGUGCUCAUCAACAAUGUCGGGGUGCUCUUACAGCUGCUGCAUUUAACUUCUAACACAAGGUGGUGCAAUUGCACAGGCAGUAGAAAUCAGAGCUGCUGUGCUGUGCCAGAAAGCUGUGACCAUUAGAAGGAAGGAAUCUGGAAAAAAAGGGUAGCAGCUCUUGAUUGCGACAAAAUCUGCAGAAUCUGUAGGAGGCAAGCACUGCUGCAUCUACUUCAUGAAACAAGGACAACAAAGGGACCUUAUAACAGAGAAAGGGGCAAUUCUGGCAACUGCUUUACAAAGAGGCACCUUGGAUUCCAAUCUGCAUUGAGAACAAAGCUAGGAAAGAAAAUGAAAACCCUCCAUCAUAGCAGGCAAGUUUGUCUCGUCUUUAUCUGUCUCUGUACCUGUGGUGUGGUGUGUGAGUCCUUCCGCUAUUCAGUGCCUGAGGAAAAGAAAAGUGGGUCUCUGGUGGCUAAUGUGCUGAAAGAUUUGAAAAUGGAAGUAAAGGAGUUGUCUGCUCGGAGAGCGCAGCUGCUUUCUAAGACUGCCAGGCAGUAUUUUGAGCUGGAUCCCCAAUCUGGGGAUGUGAUAAUAAAAGAAAAAAUAGACCGAGAGUCCCUGUGUGGUCAGAAUGACCCUUGUGUUCUGCUUUGUGAAAUGGUACUGGAAAAGCCAAGGCAGCUACACAGAAUUGAAAUUCAGAUAGAGGACGUGAAUGAUAAUUCCCCCAUAUUCUCUGAAAAACAAUUUGUUUUGGAAAUACCUGAGCAGACGCCCAUGAACACCCGAUUCCUUUUGGAAAAAGCUGAAGAUUCAGACAAAGGAGAAAAUACUGUUCAGAACUAUACUCUUAGUCCAAAUGAACAUUUUAGGCUGGAUGUGCAAAGUCAUACUGAUGGUAGCAAAUAUGCAGAACUGGUGUUAGAAAAGCCUUUGGACCGUGAAGAGAAGCCACAGAUUACAUUAAUGCUGACAGCUGUUGAUGGAGGGAUCCCAAGAAGAAGCGGAAGUACAAACAUUAUUGUUCAAGUUCUGGACACCAAUGACAAUGCCCCUCACUUUAAUAAAUCUGUAUAUAAUGUGCAACUGCUGGAAAACCUUCUACCAGGUACACUGGUCACCAAAGUUGAAGCCACUGACAGGGAUAUUGGUUCCUACGCCCAUAUCACUUAUUCAUUCAGCCAAGUGCCAGAAAAUGUGUUGAGAAUGUUCAAGUUAAAUAAACACACCGGGGAACUUACAACUUCAGCAACGAUUGAUUAUGAAGAAAACACAAAUUAUGAGAUAAACAUCAGAGCCACAGAUGGAGGGGGACUUUCUGCUUACUGUAAAGUUAUUGUAGAGAUUGAGGAUGAGAACGACAAUGCUCCAGAGAUAUCAAUCACUUCCAUCACCAGUCCCUUACCUGAGGACUCUCCCGCAGACACAGUGGUGGCCCUCUUUAGUGUCACAGACGUGGACUCUGGAGACAGUGGCAGAACUGCCUGCACCACUGAAGUAAACCUGCCAUUUGUGCUCAAACCCACAGAGAACAACUAUUACCAGCUGGUGACCCAACAGCCACUGGACAGAGAACAAGCCUCUGAGUAUAAUAUCACCAUCACAGCCACAGACCAAGGCUCUCCCAGACUCACUUCCACAAGAAUACUUCAUGUUCAAAUCUCAGAUGUCAAUGACAACCCUCCAGUGUUUGAAAAGCCAUCCUAUGAAAUGCAGUUAAGAGAAAACAAUAUUCCUGGUCUUCUGAUCGGUUUCAUCCAUGCUGUUGAUCUGGACACAGCGCAGAAUGCCAAAGUGACCUACUCGCUUUUGCCUAGGAAGGUCAAUGAUGGCCCCACUUCCUCUUACAUCUCCAUCAACUCUGAAACGGGGAACCUGUAUGCCAUUCGGUCUCUGGAUUAUGAGGAGGUAAAAGAUUUCCAUGUGACGGUGAGGGCUGUGGAUUCAGGUUCCCCUCCACUGAGCUCAGAAGUUACGAUCCACGUUCAGGUUGUGGAUGAAAAUGACAAUGCCCCCUUCAUCCUCUACCCUCUCCAGAAUGGCACUUCCCCCUCGAAUGACCUGGUUCCCCGAGGGGCAGAGACUGGCUACCUGGUCACCAAGGUGGUGGCUGUGGACAGGGAUUCUGCUCAGAACUCUUGGCUUUCCUAUCAGCUGCUGAAGGCCACAGAACCGGGUCUGUUCACGGUGGGGGCCCAGAAUGGAGAAGUGACCACUCUGAGACCAGUCAGUAACCGAGACAGCUUCAAGCAGAAUCUGGUUGUGGUCGUCCGAGACAACGGACAUCCUCCCCAGUCCACCUCUGCCACGCUCAGAAUCCUUCUAGUGGACGGCUUCUCUGACCCUUAUCUGAAAAGUGUGGCUCUUCCAAAGGAGGAAACAGCGGAGGAGGAAGACCCCAGCCUGACUAUGUAUUUGAUCAUCUGCUUGGCUGCCAUCUCAAGCAUCUUUCUUAUUUCUGUAGUGGCGUUUGUUGUAAUCAAGUUGCAGAAACGUGAAAAGUUCAUAGGAACUUACAACUCUGCAGCCAAUUUCCAAGUGGGACCUGAUUCCCAGAUCAUCUCUGCGGAUCCUGGUGCUGGAUCUCUAUCUCAGGCUUAUAACUAUGAGGUGUGCUUAGCUGGUGGGUCUCUGAACAGCGAGUUCCGGUUUCUCAGGCCCCUAUUCCCUGUUUUCUCUGUGGAGCCUCCUAACACUCAGCUGAAUCCAAGGAGUUCCAAUGGGUCCCAAGAAGUGCCUUGUAAUGGAGAAGAAACACAUCUGAGAUGUCAGGUGAGGAUACUUAUUAUAAUAUGAUUAUAUUCUGAAUGA